GUGGUUUGAAAGGUGAAAGAAAGGCAUAUGGCGUACGUUUCUAUUUUUGCUAAAAUCUCAAUAAAAUUAAAGUGAAAAACGGUUAGUGUUGUGCAUAGUUGUGAGCAACAAAUUCAAGAUUAUUUCGCGUUUAUUAUCCAAAUGUUUGACGGCAAAAAAAUMCGGUGAUUUUCGGUUUGUUUACGUAUGUGCGUAUGUUGAGUUUUUUGUUGACGAAUUAUUAGAAAAACGGACUGUGAUAUUAAACUUAGUUGUAACAUAGUUUGAUUUCGUAAUUAGCUCCUCGAUUUAUUUAUUAAUAUAUUAGGGCCGAUUUAGUGCGUAAGUGAUUCGAGAGAAAACCCAACACAAAGACUGAUUUGGACGAAUUUACCAAAGACAGAGACAGUUUGUACAUAAAUUGUAGUUUUUUUGGGAUGUCGGUGACCGAAGAGGCUUCGGCAGCCCCUGGAGAAGCCCCGCCUGUGAACGGGGAUGAACAAGGUGCUUGUUUGACCGGAAAUUCUGAACUUUCGGAUCCGGCAAUUUUGGCCGUAAAUCCGAAAUUUCGUUACGAAAAAGAUGAAUUAUUGAAGUUACGUGAUGCUCCAUUGUCUCAGCGAAAACCCGAUUUUUUGGACAUCAAUGAAGUUUCGCCGACUAUUUGGGAUCCGACUCGCUGGAAUUUCGAUAAGAAAAAAUCCGAUACUCCGACUGAAAAUGGCCCAAGAAGUGUCGAUGAUCAUAGGCGUCGUCCUGGUGAUCCACGUGAACGCAUCCGAAAAGAAAACGAUGGAAUUGUAUUAAGUCCUCAACGUCGAAGUUUUAAUUCCGGUUGUUGUGUUCCGGGUCGUGAAACAAGAACAAAUACCACGAAUCGGCCUCAUAGUCCUUUAGGAAAGAACGAAUCGCAUUUGAGUGGUGUUAGAGAGAUACAAACAAAUAGUAGAAGAAUCGGAAGUGGAAGAAUUUUAAGAGAUUCCUGGGAUUUCAGUGAGAAACAGGAAAAUGAAACUGAGUACAAUUUUCGACCGCAACAGAGAAAUGAAAAUCAGGAUAGGAGGUCGUUUGGGAGAGAUUUCGAUGUCGGGAGGGACAAGGACAAGGAUAGGAGGAGUGGGGGAAGGUUCAACGAGAGGAGGAGGAUCAGUGGAGGCGACUCGCGUGACGAGGAGCCCGAAUGGUUCUCCUCCGGUCCGUCAUCUCAAAACGAUACGAUCGAAUUGCGCGGUUUCGACGAAUCGGAUCGUCUCGGCAAGAAGAAAAUGUCACCAGCGCAAACAAAACGAGCUCGUGAUUGGUUCAAAAAGAAGACUGAAGUGACAAGUGUGACUGAAGAAAAGGAAGAAAUGAAUGAAGUUGGUAAUGGUGGUGGUGGUGGUGGUAGAUCAACACCUACAACACAAAGCGGUUCAAGUGAUACAAACGCCGGUGAACAAACGAACGAAAGUGGCGAAGGUGACGGCAAACACAAUCAAGAGAAGAAUCUAAAUGAUCAAUCGUCGAUUUUUGAAGAUAUUUUGAAGUCGGAUAGUAUCCCCGGAUUGCCGGGGUUGUUAACAAAUGGUGUUGGUGGCGACGGUGACGCUACCGGGAAAUCCCGCUUCAGUAAAUGGUUUUCAGUCGAAAAUACUGAAAGUCGACGUUCUUCCAUGCAAGACGAGCCUAUUUUCAAGAAUUUAUUGAAGGAUUUGAACGAACCAAGUGUGUCGAUUCCGGGUGAUUCAAGUUCGUAUUUCGCCCCCAUUUCGCCAGCUGCUAACACGGGAGGAAGUCUAGGGAGUGCCACUGGGGCCAAUGCCAAAUCUAUCAAUAUUAUGGAGAUGUUGCAAAGGGGGAAACAAAAUGACACUGGGGGAAUGAAACAGCAAGUUUCAGGUCGUAUUAUGAAUUUGGACGAGCUUGAGGCGAAAAUGAGGCAAAACACCGAGCCCCAAAUGCACAAACAUCCAAAAUCUGAAGAGGACUUGACUGCGUUCAAUCGAUUGUUGGCUCACAUUUCGGGGAACCACACAGCGUCGGCUAAGACACAACCGAUGAGUUUGAUGGAGAUGCUGUCGCACUCACAGCAACAGGAUGAGGCACACGCUCGUAUGGCUCAACUUUUAGGUCCAUCGAGUCCUGGUUUACAAGUCCAAAGUCAACAACAGAAGGAAAUGCUGUCGAAAUUGAUGAGUGCUAAUAUGCCAAUUCGGGCUUCGCCUUUGUCCGAAAUGGGGAUACAGCAAAGUCGUGAAUUAUUGAGUCGACCAGAAGCACAAGCUAUACUUCAAGGUCUGAAAAUUGGUGACAUCACGCCACAACAUUUAUACCAACAACUGGCGAAUCCGGCCCUGCAGCCACGUCAUCGUGAGAUGCUCGUCACCAUAUUGAAAUUACAGGGUGGGGGUGUAGGACCUAGUCCGAGAGUACUUAGUCCUGUUGCCCCUCAUCCUAUGUUUCAACAGCAACAACAACAACAACAAUUACGUGUUUCGCCAUUGCCGCCCAAUGCAUACUGUGUGUCUCCAAUAAUGGCCACAAGUCCAAACACCCUCACUGUACCCGCUCUCCAUCAACGCAUCCCAUCACCACGUGAAUUACAAGUCCAUACACAAAACAUUCUACAAAGGGCGUUAAUUAAGAAAAAACUCGAAGAACAACAAGAAAACUAUCGUAAGAAACAGGAAAUGCAACAACGAGGUCAAAGUCCCAGCAACAACAACAAUAAUAAUAAUAACACUAAUCAAGCGAGUAAAAGUGUUUCGUCUCCGACUCCGUUAGCUUUUACGCCGACUUCAGUAUUAAGAAAAAUGACAGCGGAAAAAGACGAAGGUGGGAAAGAUGUGACGAAACUUGUCGAGGGUGCAAAAUUGAGUCAAGGUCGUGCCGUCACUGGAAUGCGUCCUCAACCUCAACAACAGCCACAACAGCAACCGCAACAAUGGUCACAAUAUCCGUUGAAUAUUAAACAAGCUGGUCGUCCGAUUGUUAAAGCAAAUACAUUUCAACCUCCGCAACAGCAACAACAAGAACAAUUUUUUACUCAACAACAACAACAGAAAUUUUUAAAUCAAUUGCAACAACAGCGAAAAGCACCCAAUUAUCAUGGCCAUGGUUCGAUGCAAGGUCAUCAUUCACAAUAUUCCAGUACUAAUAAUCAACAGUUCUCCCAGUUGACUCAACAACAACUCAGAGCUCAACAUCAACAGCAUGCCAGACCGACGAAUGUACAACAACAGCAAGGACACGGGGCGUGGCAACAGUACCUUAAUCCGCAACAAAAUAGGGGUCAGGUGGGCCGCGGGGGCACCGACGGAGACUUGUCGCCGACAAGCAACCAGUUGACUCGUUGGUUUUCGCCGGAUUUAUUGGAGAGGGCCCGCGUGGGUGAAUUACCGAGCACAGCCGGCUUGUCUCAGAAUUUACUCAGUUUGGAGGAGAUCGAAAGACUUACAGCCCCACCGGUCCACAAUUAAUUUAUAUACUCAGUACCUGGCCUGUUCGACUCGUAUAGAAAUUAGAAUUUUUUUGGUGACAAGCAUUUAAAGGUUGCAAAAAAUCGGUUUGUUACUAAUUUUAGAAAGAAAAAAAAAACAAUCUCAACGAAAAGAACUCUUACAUUUAACAAUUUAGUGGCAUUAUUGUCGUAGAUGACGUGUGUCAAAUAUUAUUUUCGUUCAAUUAAUACUCACGACCGGUGAAAUUGCGACAGAUUCGAUUCAUUGAAAAUGUAAUUUUUUGUAAAUAGUCAUGAAAAAUGAUUCAAUUGUGAUAGUCGUAGUAAGUCGUCGGGUCGGGUUUGUCGCAAAACAGUCGCAGAAGAAGAAAAAAUGGUCGAUAAAGCUCCAAUAGAUGUGUCUGUGUCUCAGAACGAUGUUCUUUUUGUUUCCGUGUGGGAUUUCGGGGAAAWUUUUUUGCUUUGUUUUGGAUUCUGAUAGCGAGACGUUUCAGUUACGGUUUGAUGUUUUAGGAAUUUUUCGUUUCAUUUUGGUGUUUAAUCGGGGCUUUAGACACCGUUCAUUGUUUCAAAAGAAAAAACAAAACAAAAAUUAUAUAUAAUAUAUACACAUUAUAAACGUACAAUGUAAGAACAUGCUGUACUAUUGUUAAUUAAGUAUAUAUAAGGAACUGAUGAUGA